AUGGGGAAGACGAUGAGAAGCAAAAAGGUGGUGGUGGUGGUGGGAGUGGUUUUAAUGGUGGUGGGCUGGUUUGCGGCGUCUACAAUGGCGAACAUAGCGGAUGACGAGAAGGAUUGUGCGGAUCAGCUGACAAAUCUUGCUUCUUGUAUUCCGUUUGUGAGCGGAACGGCGAAGAAGCCGACGGCGGAGUGCUGCCAAGACACUCAGAAAGUGAAGGCGAGCAAACCAAAAUGCUUGUGUGUAUUGAUCAAGGAGAGCACCGACCCUUCUUUAGGGUUACCUGUCAAUACAACUCUUGCCCUUCAAAUGCCUUCCACUUGCAAUAUUGAUGCCAAAGUUUCUGAUUGCCCAAGUAUAUUGAAUCUCCCAGCAGAUUCACCAGAUGCAAGUAUCUUCAAAGAAGCUGGUGGAGCUUCACCAACAACAAAUUCUUCUUCUUCUUCUUCGUCAACACAUUCUCCUUCUUCUUCGUCAACAGAUUCUCCUUCUUCUUCUUCAACAGAUUCUCCUUCUUCUUCUUCUUCAUCUGAAUCAAACUCAAAACCCACAACCAGCAACGGCGAAAAACUGAAGCUGAAUAUAAACGUUGCGACUUUCUUCUGGGUCAUAACGGCGGCUUCACUCCCAUCUUUUCUCAUGAAUGUAAAUUAA